AUGUGUUCUAUAAGCGCCAUUUUACAGAUCGCCCUUGCGGUAGUUGUACUGGUCCUCUACCGAAGUCUGCGUCAUGCGGCCAGUAAGGAGGCAGAAACGACCGCCACCCAGGGCCUAAAAGAGCUCGCACAGCAUCAUGAAACCGCCGCAGCUCUACUGCAGCUCGUCGACACAGAUGGUGCUGGGAGCUGGCCCCCAAGAACGACUCAUGGCAGCGAUUGGCCAGCUGCCCUCCAGCCCUAUCACGAGAUCUACCUGGAACUUCUCCCCCUGCUCUCGUCGGCCGAUCCCUCGCUUGACGAUGCCGUCAGCAGCGAGAAGCGCAGCCGGUACCGCGAACUCAUGAGAAAGCUGUUGGUGGCCCGUGUCAACCUUGCCGAAGUCGAGGGGAUCCUUGCGCAGGCGGCAGCAGGUAAUUGGGGUGUCUGUUCCCGCCGGGCAUACAACGGAUUUUACUCCUGCAUUGGCGUGAGCCGCCAUGCUUAUAGAUGGGCCGCUAUCCCGAUUGUCAAAGUCGCCCAGGACGAGAAAAUCGUCGACUUUCCUGCCGAGCUUGAUAUACCCUGGGGUUACCUCCAGAAACACUUCGGCCUAGCAGCCGACAGUGGCAAUAACACCUCCAACGUGCUCCUCAACUACAACGAAAAUGGCCAAAGGGCGUACAAGAUCAACCAUGAGAUUUCCGAUCUGGUUACCUCCACCGAAGAGGCUUUCUUUCGACUCUUUUUGGAUGUCGAAGUACUGGGCGCUCCCAUCUAUACAGAGAUGAUCCGUGCCAAUAUCGCCUACGACCAGAACGAUAAAGAAGCAUGCCUGAACUAUAUGAACAAUAUCGGCGAUCAACUGCGCAAUCUCCUCAGAGUCUGGUAUCAGAGCAUGACCCAGGUCCGAGUGAACAAGUCCGUCUGGCUCCGUUAUUGCCAAGGCUUCCAAGGCUGGGGAUGUGGCCGGAUGGUAGACGGCGAAAUGGUUAUUUAUGAUGGGGUUUCCGGAAGCCACACCACCUUCUUCAUGGCGUUGGAUGCCUUUCUGGGCAUGGAUCAAUAUCUCAGCCAGGAAAACGCCUCGAGGUGUAUUCCUCACAACCAGCGCGCGCUGUGCGCCAGCCUGAGGAAACACUCCUUCAUCAGCAGGCUGCAGGCCGAGGGCGAUAAAGAUAUUGUGGAGGCAUCGCAAAAGAUCGUAAACCACCUCAAGGUAUGGCGGUCGGCUCACAAAACAAGAGUUAUGCCGUAUCUCGCACAGCAAGCUCCGGAGAGGACCAUGAUGACGGCCGGAAAGUCUUUCAUAGAGCCUGGUUCCGACACGGCACACCUCAAAAUUCUGGAGGAUAUACUCAUGGGCAGGCUGAAGAAGACCAUGGCUCUGAGCAGCAGGCUUCUUGGAAUUCAUGGCGACAAGAACUGA